CCACCAACCGUACGGUAUUCAACGACGAGCUAACCCAAUAUCCCCUGCAGAACUUCGACCAGUGCAAGUUUCGAUGUUAUUACCCCUCUGGACUGCGUUCGGAUGGAUCAGCCGAGAUCCCGCCGAAGCCGGCAGGAUUUACAGAUCCGUACCUUUUCCCGCUUCUAACGAAGGACGAGCUCAAACGUCUCACACUGCUAUGGUACUACACUAAGUUCGUACGCGAAGAUAAGCAUCUACUGGCUCAGUUGCAAAACAUGGUCGACGUAGUCCAGGAUAUCAUGGAGCGGGAUUGUACCAUCCUCGGCCUCAUGGAUCAUGACAACUAUACUCGCAUCGUCACCGCCAAUUGCCCCCUCGCUGUUCUACCUCGACGAGAAGCUACAUGUGCCCACACCAUCAUGCAGGAAUCCGGAACAGUUUUCAUGCUUCCCGACAUGCUCGCCGACUGGAGGUUUGCGCAAUCUCCCCACGUGGAGGCAGGUUUGCGAAGUUAUGCCGGAACGCAGCUGCGAUAUCACCUCCCUGGGACGGACGUCGAAGUCGCCUUCGGAUCCCUAUGCGUCGCCUCGUACAGCAAGCAGCCACCUCUGUCACCCGUUCAAGCCUCGACUUUGCAGCGAUUGGCCCAAAGCAUGGUGCACAUGAUCGUCGAGCGGGCUAGCUUGCACCGAAAAGGGUUGCAGGAGGAGGUCUUUGCUAAGCUGGCUGCAGCACUCCCCGAUCUCAAGGCGCACAAUGUAGUCGGGCGUAUAAUGGAUGUUUUGCGCGAGUGUUAUCCCACAUGUCACGUUUCAUAUCAGGUUCACCAAGACGGCAUCAUUCAUUUACGCGGCAACAUGGACAUACCUUACACGGAGGUGCAACAAUGGCUAUGGGAGGAUACAGACGCGAUCCACGACAUCGUUCUGCGCGACAAUCACAUUCCAGGGGAGACCUUGCAGCUAACUGGCCGGACGUUGCGCGCGGUCAUCGUCAAGAUGAAGGCCGUUGGUUGCACCUAUUUGGUCGUCGAGACCGAUGAUCUGAAGACCAUCUUCGAUGACGUCGAUGCGGGCUUCGUCCUUCAAUGUGCCAUGACGAUAUGCAAUGUGCUCAUGGGCGAACACCUGCAAGCGGCUUUAGCAGCUAAGGAACAAUUUCUCCGGGGCGUAACGCACGAACUCCGAACUCCCAUCCACGCGAUCAUCGCUUCGGCAGAGCUUCUAUUGGAGGAGACUCAAUUCGUCGAGGAGAUACUUGCGUCCCCCGGUCGUACAUCCGGCCUCAAGUCAUCGCCGAGCAUGUUGAAGGUCAUACGUGAUCAGGGACAGCACCUCCUCAAAAUGGUCAACAAGGUCAUACAGCUCGAGCAACUCGAUCCCAUUGAUCAACACGACCUCACGAUGUCAAUGCACAACAUCGGGCUCGUCGAGAGCGACGUCGUGAGCAGCGUCAUGGAUUCCUCUCUCUACAAGGACAAGAACGGUCGUGUUGUGAUCGUCGUAGAUAACCGACUUCCCUCCUCGGUCGAAUUACUCUUUAUCGACGGCGACUUGCUCAAGCAAGCGUUGCUAUGUCUCCUACUCAACGCCCUAUCGACCACGAACGAGGGUCACAUUUUGUUCAAGACAAGCCUAGGGCCUGACAGCUCGUACCUCGACUACGAAAUGGUGGAUACAGGCGUUGGGGUGGUUCCUGAAGACUGGGCUCGCGUUUUCCUGACCCAAGAGAAGGUGGAAGGUGAUGACUCGAAAACGCCAGUUUCAAGGAGAUGCGCACUGUCCAACGCGGCACGAAUCACCAGCCUCUUGAACGGAGCGCUCACGCUCGUCUCAUCCGCCCCUGGACGAGGAUCACAUUUCCGUCUCCGACUUCAUAAGCCCCACAUUGAAUCGGAGGAGAAUCCACAGAGCAUGCGCCGACGCCUGGAGCAAUCCACGAUGCCGCUUACCUACUUCAUGCCAAUCGAACAGGACAUUGAGACGUUACCACUCGUAUAUGCCGCUCGGAAUCUCGAGUCGCUCGGCUUUGUGCAGACACUCAGAGAUCAAGCAAGCAUCGCUAUAGCCGACGUCAUGGUAGAGCCCGAUGUUCUCCGGAAAGCGAUCUACGACUGGCAGAUCGUUAUCGUAGUAACCGAUCGUACUGAAACCAGCAAGGGGCGAAGCGGUCCUGAUACUCGUAUGCUCCGCUGUCCUUUCCCCACGGUUCGUGCGCAGCUUUGGUCCGUGAUUGAUGCCGCCUUGGACAUAUACAAACAACAUGACCUUCACGCUCUUCGCCCGCGUCUCACGAACCUCGAUGUUGACUCCCGGGCUCCAUCGCCAGGUCUUGCUGCGGUAUCCCAUAUGGCCAGACGAGAUCGUUCAUCGAUUAGGAUCCUCAUAGUCGACGACAACGACAUCAACGUCAAGGUGCUGGCAACGUACGCUAAGAAACGCAAAUUUGCCUACGCGACUGCGCGCAAUGGACAGGAAGCCGUGGAGCGUUAUGGGGAGGCCGUGUGCCACCACGAUGCCGGUGUGUUCACGCUCGUCCUGAUGGACUUACAAAUGCCCGUAAUGGACGGCGCCGAGGCGACGCGUCAAAUACGAGAGCUGGAAAGAAAACAUGAGCUGCGGCCUAGCCUCGUUUACAUGGUCUCUGGCCAAAGUCUCGAUAAGGACAAAAAGCGCUCAUUGGACGCGGGAGCGGACGGCUACUAUGUCAAGCCCUUCAGCAUAUCAUCUAUGGAUGACCUAAUCCAGCUACACUUCAAGGAUCGAGCGGGAUCGCGCUCAGGCGAACAAGUUUGAGUAGGUUUCGAUCGCUAUGUUAUAUCCACUGGGAUACACCACUCUCUUGGGCUUGUAUGCAGAACGCAUCGACAGCAUUACGAUCUGUGGGUCUCGCAGCAUGUUUAUCGUUCAUUAUUCAAGGGUACCGUAGGAUCUUCCUAGAUACUAUCAUUACCACAUAUUGUAAAGGUACAUUAUUUGCUUCUGACUGUAUACACUACGCAAUUUGCACAUACAAAUGACUAGAGUAGAUACGUUCUGCUUACGAAGUAGCCAGUGUCUUCAGUUUGAUGGCAAAAGUGAAUUACGGGGAUGUUGCUUCGAAUUCAAAACAUCAAUCCGUUAUGUGGACGAGGGUGAUGAUCUGCUCGAAGCCAAUUCGUUUCGCCGUGUAGUUUAACCCAUUGCAGUGAGCAAGGCGUGCAAUGCGUAGAUAAAUCACGGCAAGUCCGGAAUCUGGGUCCCAGCCCAGAGGAAGUGUGAAAAGAAGCUCAGAGGCGACACAUCGAGAGAUGGAUCGUAAGGCAGGAGUCGGCUAAGCCUUGCGUAUUCACCAGUCAGAUAG